AUGGAUGCGCAUGAUGGAGGCUAUGGAGCAGGCCAAUUGCCUCUGGCUGGGGCCAUCCUCUGCUGCACCUCUAUUGCCCCCGAGCAGCGCGCCAAACUCGCCGCCAUUGGCGCGCAGAUGGGCGCGACCAUCAAGCUCGACCUCACAUCAGACGUAACCCACCUCAUCGUCGGCAGCACCGACAGCGCCAAAUACCGCUAUGUCGCCAAGUCUCGCGAGGACGUCAAGGUCCUCUCCCCGGAAUGGCUCGAAGCCUUGAGGGAGGUGUGGAUGACUGGCGAUGACGACCUGGACAUGGCCGCGCUGGAAAAGGAGUACCGCAUGCCGACCCUCGCUGGGCUGAAAAUAUGCCUUACCGGCUUCGACAACCCUGAGCAACGCAAGACCAUUCAGGAGUCGGUGGACGCCAACGGAGCCGAGUACCACGGUGACCUCACCAAGUCCGUCACCCACCUCAUCGCAGCGGCGCCAUCGGGCAAGAAGUACGAACACGCCCUGAAUUGGAGGAUGAAGAUUGUGUCGCUGGAGUGGCUCGAACAGAGUCUGGAGAGAGGCAUGGUGCUGGACGAAGCCCUCUACAACCCCACCAUGCCUGUCGAAGAGCGCGGCCAAGGUGCUUGGGAUCGCAAGAUGCCUGCGUCGCCUGCCAUAGGCAAGCGCACGCGAGAUGCAGAGCCGAGCCAGGCCCUGAAUCCUUUCCGCAGGAAGCUACGUCGCUCAGCAAGCACCAAGACAAGCAUUUUGCGCCAACACCUCGAGAGCAACGGCGCGCACGUAAUCCAUGCGACCGAUCUCAACAAUGCGCCAUCCGACGAUCUAAGACGAGGCUACUUCGUAAUACCACAUGACGUCGAGGUCGAUUCGGCGGCACUUCCGGGGCGUGCCGGAUCACACAUGAACCUGGUCACUAACUGGUGGGUCGAGCGCUGCUUGUAUGGCAAACGUCUAGUAGAUCCAUCGGACGAUGUGUUAAGUCGACCAUUCGAAAAGCUUAGUAUAAGUGGGUUCUCUGGACUCACCAUCAACUCUACGGGCUUUUCCGGCAUCGAGUUACUGCAUGUGACCAAAGUUGUCACGCUUAUGGGUGCCUCGUACGAUGAACAGCUAUCGGCAAAGACCUCGGUUGUGAUCUGCAACCCUCCUACCGUAAACACACCGAAACUCAAAUUCGCGACGGACAAACGGAUACCCGCUGUUCAUGCCACAUGGCUUUGGGAAUGUCUGCGUAGUGGUCGGCUACAGUCGUAUGCCGAGUAUCAAUUGAACAAGCCAGCGCCGCCUCAGCCACAGAAGCCUAAACAGAGACCUCAGCCACAGGAUGAUGUGCCCACUGCACUGUUGUCGACGGAGGAGAGCCUUGAGCUUCGUCAGAAAAAGCAACUGCCUACCAAUGCCGCGAAAAGGCCUCUGCACCCACAGCAGCGUGGUGCUCUUGCUCUCACUGCAUCAGCAGAUGCAACACCUGCAUCGACUACAGAUGAGGCGGAUACUUCCAACAAUGAUACUAACGGCCUAAACUACGAUGACGAUGAGUCUGUUAUACCUGGAUUGGAUGGCGCAGGUUCCCACCCCCUCCAAGAAACCAGCGCCAACUCCUCGCGCCGCCCAUCAACGUCCCCGCACGCCUCAAAAUCGUUCUCACGACCCAGGAGUUCAUCGGCCGAGUCUCUCAUAGCCCCGGCACCCCGCAAGUCCAAGGCUGGUCAAAACCCAGAUCCGGCUGUUCCUGUUCCUGAACCCGACUCCGUGAUUCCGGCAGAUACCGAACCGGUACCACAGGAAGCACCAAAAGAAAAGGAAACGAUAAAGGCAAAAGGGCCGGAAGAAGAAAAAGAUUACUCUUCCAUCUUAGCUCAGAUGCGCGCAAACCGCAAGACCGUGCCAACGUCCGUUGAUCAGGUACCUGGCAAGACGCGGAAACGGCGGCAGCUUGGUCGCGCAGCGUCCACGCGGUCAAACGCGUCAGCUGGCGAUAGCUCCGGGAAUAUACUGGCUGGAGAAGAGGAAGAAGAGGAGAACACGGUGCUGGUGGAGGAAUACCAGCCUAGUCAGGAGCUAGGUUGGGAUUCUCCUGGUGCUGCGAAAGCGAGGGAGCAGAUGAUCAAGAAGUUGGGUGGGACUAUGCAGGAGAAGAGCGUGGCAGUUGAAGGAAUUGGCGUCGUAAAGGACGUUGGAGGAAAUACCACGGGAAGGUCGGGUAGGAAGAGGCGAGGGUGA